CUAUUUUGGCGCCGGGCAAUUGUUGGACAACAAAUUAUAAAAUAAAUAGCCGAAAUGCGGACUGUAUCUGAUCCAGACUUUUCGAUACAACUAAAUGAGACAAUAGAGUGCUACGCCAUAUGCACGACAGAUUUUGCAUACAAUCUGAUCGCUGUGGCGGUUAAGAAUCAUUUGAGUCUUAUUCUCGUGGGAUUGCCGGAGGAGAACGGAGAAUUCGGAUGGAACCAUCUUCAGGACGUAGACUUGGAGGACAAGGACCAAAGGCGCGUGACGGCGAUAGCGUUUUCGCCGGAAACAUCCAUGAACUGCACGCCGAACAACGUGACCCUUUGCGCCGCCUUAGGUUGCGAUAUAACCAUUAUCCGCACCGACCUGGGACAGUUUAAUACGCUCCAGCCACUCCAAGCCCACAGCGACUACAUCAACGACGUCUCCUGGGUGUGCGAAGGUGAGCUGCUGGCCACCGUGUCCGAUGACUUCAGCUGCCGGUUCUGGACCCCAGGCGCCACUCCGGAGAACGUCAUCACCUUCGGCCUUUCAUCGGCCGGUAUGUCUAUAAAGAGCCAUCCCGAAGAUCCCAAUAAGGUGCUUGUGGCCGAGAAGAAGGGUAUAAUACAUUUGUAUAAUGUGCGCACCAAACAAACUGUCGUUUCUGUGGAGUCCCCAAAGUUCCCGCUCUUGUCGGCCGAUUGGGCAAACAGUAACCGCCUCUUUGUCACUGCCCUAGCAGGUGGAGAUAUUGUCACCUGGGACUUGAACAGGCCCUUCGUUCCAGCCGAUGUCAAACAGGUCCACGAAGACGGUGGCAGAGUAGUGCGCUUUGCCCCCGGAAGCUCUGAGAUGGUUAUAGCAAGCAUUGGAAGGCCAGAUUUGACUCUUAAAGUGUUUGCAGCCAAGUCGACGGUUCCUUUGAUCGAAGCAUCCUUGAAGACUUUCGCCGGCUUGGCAUGGCAUCAGCGAUUGCCAUAUGUCACUGCGGUAUCCGACCGAAAACUGCACUUCUGGAAGGUGCAGAUGAAGUAAAUUUAUGUCUAAGAAGA